GAGCGAUCGCUAGUCUCGUGUUUCCCCUCGUCUCGGAUAACGUUCGUCGUCGUUCAGUGUCAUAUUCGUGUCCUCGUGUUGUUUGAAUUACUUUUACUUCGUGACAUGUUUUAAAUUCCCUCAAACAAGUGCUUCAUAAUAAAGUUUACAACAAAAAAUGUGUUAUACAAAAGUUUUUUAAACAAAUAACGUCAAACUAAACGACAAUAUGGGUUCGAAAAUCGAAUACGUUGAUUCGUCACAUUUGUACGCUACAAACUACGUCCGUAAUUCGAAAGCUAUAGGUGUGCUUUGGGCUAUAUUCACGAUUUGCUAUGCGAUUAUCAGCGUUGUUGCUUUCGUGACACCAGAAUGGAUUGGAGAUUUAGAAACGGAAUAUCCGAGGAAGUUUGGUCUGUGGCAGAUUUGCAGAGCCGAUGAAGCUGUAGAAGAUUGCAAAGGGAGAUUAGAUGAUUUCUUCUCAAUUAAUGGAUUGGUUUUUAAGAUUGCGACUGUGUUAGUUGGGUUAGCAGUCGCCUUGGCACUGUUUACUAUAUGCGCGAUGUUAUUAUUUUUCUUCUGCCAAUCGACAACCGUCUUCCACAUCUGCGGAUGGCUACAGCUGUUAUCUGCGGCGUGUCUGGUGAGCGGCGUGGCGGUGUACCCGGCGGGCUGGUCGGAGCUGGCCGUGCAGGAGACUUGUGGACCAACCGCUGAUCAGUACAACAUCGGGCGGUGUCACGUGCGCUGGGCGUAUCUACUGGCGGUGAUAGGCGCGCUGGACGGCAUCGUGCUGGCCGCGCUCGCCUUCAUCCUCGCCACCAGACAUCUAAAGUUACAGCCUGACACCGCCUACCCACCCCCCUCGCUGUACAAAGGUGAAGUGAACAACGCAUACGUAACAGACGCGCAGUCAGUGGCGGGAUCGCGCAAGUCGCUGGCGCUGCAGCCAGUACUGCUGGUGCGGCCGCCGCCUGACCUCGACUCCUACAGCCACUACUCGCAUCCCUCACACCACUCGCACCACUCCAGCCGGACACCGAGACCCAAACACGGAUUGUACGCCAAUGCUAUGCACAACUAUCAACUUUAAUCUUAAAUCUUGCUCAUAGAUGGCGCUUGAAAGUUACCACAACUACCAACUUGUUUGUGGUUAAUGCUGCUCGUUCAUAGAUGGCGUUUUAAAAUUGUGAUUGUACAUCUAAACAAAAGAUGGCGCAUUAACAAA